GCUACUCAGGAGAAACGAAAUGAUCUGCCCUGGAGCCGCAGCAAAAUGCUGGAUGGACACCUACUCCUGGGAUGGUUAUCGUUCACAGUUAUAGUGUAUCUUCUCAACUUGCCUGGACCAACCGCAGCAUAUUUCGGGUUGACAGGUAAUGAACCGUUGUCUAUCCUGCCACUGAACUCUUUACCAGAGGAGAACGUGGGCAGGGCCCACUACAAGCUGUGCGACCGGCUCAAACUGGAAAAGAAGCAGCGCAGGAUGUGCAGACGAGACCCGGGCGUGGCGGAGACCCUGAGAGAGGCCAUCACCAUGAGCGCCCUAGAAUGCCAGUAUCAAUUCCGCUUUGAGAGGUGGAACUGCACCUUAGAGGGCCGACACCGAGCCAACAUACUAAAAAGAGGAUUUAAAGAGACAGCCUUCUUGUAUGCCAUCUCCUCGGCGGGCCUGACCCACGCAAUGGCCAAAGCUUGCAGCGCGGGACGCAUGGAGCGCUGCACGUGUGACGAAGCCCCGGACCUGGAGAACCGCAAGGCGUGGCAGUGGGGAGGCUGUGGAGACAACCUCAAAUACGCCAACAAGUUUGUCAAGGACUUCCUGGGCAAACGCUCCAACAAGGACCUGCGCGCACGCGUGGACAUGCACAACACAAAUGUGGGCAUGAAGGUAAUCAAGGCCGGAGUGGAGACCACUUGCAAAUGCCACGGCGUCUCCGGCUCCUGCACCGUCCAGACCUGCUGGAGGCAGCUCCUGCCCUUCCACGAGAUCGGCAAGCAGCUGAAGCAGCGCUACGAGACCUCCAUUAAGGUCGGCAGCUCCACCAACGAGGCCACGGGGGAGGGAGAGAUCUCCACAGGGCGGAGCCAACAGCAGCAGCAGCAGCAGCAACAACAGCAGCAGCAGCAGCAGCAGCAGCCCCUGCCUGGCCUGAACGAUCAGAUCCCUCGCACUAUGGACUUGCUCCACAUCGAGGACUCGCCCAGUUUCUGUAGACCCAGCAAGUACUCGUCGGGCACGGCGGCCCGCAAGUGCUACAAGGACAAGAACUGCGACGCUAUCUGCUGCGGGCGAGGCCACAACACUCAAAGUAGAGAGGUGACCCGGCCCUGCCAGUGCCAGGUGCGCUGGUGCUGCUACGUCGAAUGCAAGCAGUGCACACAGAGAGAAGAGGUCUAUACCUGCAAAGGGUAAACCCUGUCAGCCCCUGCGGUCAGUGGAGCAAGUGAAAGAUGGUUGUGUUGAAGAGGAGUGGCUGUUAUGUUCUCAAAUAAGGUUUUGCUUCCACUGUCGGAACAGUGUUCUGCAAACAAAAGAGGAGUGAGCCGAUGGAGAAGCAAUAAGCACUUUGAGGGAUUUCUGUGGGUUGGGUUUCAGAGGUCCUGUGGCCCCUGUGUGUGUCUGGGGUUUGCAGAUCCAUAAAAACCUUCUCAGACAACUGGGUCAACAUCUCAAGCCUUUUUCUUGUCUUUUUUUAUCACGGCUUUGCCUUGAAGAGAGAAGCUUUUAUUUUCCUAUUCAAAAAUCAAAUUUUUUCAGAGAUUAGCGUCCAGUCAAUAAGGAUCCAACACAAGGACAGUAACACCAACAGACUGGUUUCUGGGGUCUAUCCCAAAGAAGAAUGGUGUGUGUGUGUGUGUUUGUCAAUCUUUACAUGUGUGUGUUUGUACGUGAGCAUGUGAUAGAUAGUUGGGGGGGUGGGGGUUUCAAAUGACGACUUUUAUGGCAAUGAAAACCAUAUUCAGAGACUGCUAAAAAAAAAAAAAGACAGGGUGUAAGAUUUACUCUACACGCACAUAUUUACACUCACACACAUUGUGUGUUUGCAUAUGUAUGUAAAUAAAUUCAGUUAUAUUGUAAUGAUAUUAUACAAGCCACUUAUCUAACUAUGUUAAAACAAACCACUAACCACACAAAUGUUUUGUUGUUUGUGUGCUCUCGCUCGUUUUUCUUCUUGAUUCAUGUCGACGAGGCCCUUUGGAAAGCAGCACACUUGUGUCCGUUGUCUUGCUGUGGAUAAUUUAUAGAUCCUUUGGGACUACUCCUUCACAGGGAGAAAAAUAAGAUCUCUUUUCUUUAAUAAUAUAAUAUGAAGCUGUUAGUAAAUGCAUUAACAGAAAAUAACUAAACCAGUCAGUUUAGGCUAUUCUCGGCCUUGAGCGAACCAGUGUUCAGGGAAUAACUUAAACCACUAUAACUAGUAUUUGGAUAAAAUAGGAGAGGAAAAGUGCAAAUACAAAUAAUAUCCAAGUUGGAGAUGACAGUGGCCUUGUUAGUACAGCCAACAUCAUUGCAACAGGUGAUCACUUGACCAGCAAACGGUCCACGUGUGACUCACAUCAGAAAUUGUUGAGCUCCGCAGAGCUUAAAUCUAUUUUUUUUUUGUUUGUUUAACUUUUAAUACUUUGAAGUUGUAAAGAAAACUGUGGAGAACUGGAGGAAUGUAGCCCCCUACCAUUUCACAUCCUUCUUUCCUCUUCAGCUGCCAUGAUUUGAUUGAGCCAUAUUCAACACAUGGAGACGGUCAGUCCAAACAGUAUGGGGCGACCGAGACAGAAAUCUAACUUGACGUGUCUGCAGAGUUGCUCAAGUGAAGAUGAAUGCGCAAGUCUCAUAGCUAAUAUAAAUAUAUUUUAUAAGACUAAUAUUUGUGUAAUGUUCGGCAAAUUGAUGUCUGAAUGCAAACACUGGGGUUUUGCAUGUCAGAAGUCAGUGAAAUUGUUCAAUUGUUGCUCGGCACAACAGUGACACAGUUGACACACACACCCUGCCAUGCAACUACGGUGACAGUUUAAAGGAACAGUUAGGCGGUUUGUGAAAUACUCAUUCACUUUCUUCAGUUAUAUGGUUUAUACCGCUCCAAUGUUUGAGGCUACAGCUAGAACAGUUAGCUUAGCAUAAAGACUGGAAACACAAGAUAAAACAUGCUAAUCAACAGAGAUGUAGACUCGAGUCACAUAUUUGACGACUUUAAACUCAACUUGAAAAUCAAAUGACAAAAUAAAAAAAGACUUGCGGCCUGACUUGGACUAUAACACCUAUGACCCUCAUGAUUUGGACUUUAGCCUUUUGACUUGAAAAUACCUCAUAAUUUCCCCCCAAGCCCAAAGAUUUAAAAGAAACCAACAAAUUAAUUAAUUUCCCAUCAUUUACUGAAUCAACUAAUGCUAGCGCUGUUCAUUCCCAGCAAGUUGAUGCUUGAAUUUCCCACAUUCACUUUGUUUGAACCAAUCUGACUGUAUCCAAAUCAAGUUGCAGGAAAGAACCAUGAGGAACUAACAGUUCUGCAAAGUUGUGGGUCUAAAAUAACAGAUCAAAUGUCAAAUGUAUAACUACUCAUUACAUUUGGUGAACACAUUAUGACUUGCUCGGGACUUGACUCACGAAAUUUAGAGCUUGGGACUUCCCAGUCUUGACUUUGGACUUGCCACUCUUAACCAGUGAGAUUUAAGGCCCAGACACACACCAAACCGUUGCCUCACGUUGCACAUGAACACUUUGCAAAGACUAAAGCCAACGGCCAACUGGCAUGUAUGUUCUGCACCUACUUGAGAGGAAGUAACUCUCCAUACCAGCAGACGUCUGUGGCCUGUAUUCCUCAUUGAAAAGGGGAGCUGGAAGACCGUCUUACGCUAGUCAGCUAGUUAGCACAUUAACAACGCAAUCUAAGCAUAUUUACCGCGUGCAAGUGAACAAUAACAGCAACAUAACAGUGGCUAAAGAAAAAUAAUCUUACCUUAUUUAAGUUUGAUUUGGUCUCACUCCCCUGAUUUAAGCUGUUUUUUUUUUAACUUUCCUGAAUUCUGUUUCUACUCUUGUGCGCUAAGCUGAACCGCCAAUCAGAGUGAUUUCACUCCAUCAUCGCUGAUUCGGCUAAAUAAAAAGCUGACAGGGGCCGACAAGGGGCAAAAGCGCGGGACAUGCCACACCGAUGAAGGCAACAGACGCUCACCAACAUCUACUAUGGUGUGUCAGGGCCUUUAGAGUUGCAAUCCUAGCUGCUUCCCCGUUUCCAGUAUUUAUGCUAAGCUAACUGGCUGCUGGCUGUAGUUUCAUAUUUACCCGACAGAUAUGGGAGUGGUACUGAUCUUCUCAUCCAACUCUUGGCAAGAAAGUGAAUAAGCCCAUUGCCCAAAAUGUCAGACUUUUGCUUUGAGACAUAACCAUGAAAUCAAAGGUUUAAUUUUCUGACAAAUGCCUCUGAACACACAAACAAUGCAGACAAUCAUAUUUCAUUGUAUUCUCAGCUCGUAGCCUCUGGGAACAUUAUGUUAUAUACUAUAAGAUAUGCCUUGUUUUAGAUGGGUGUGAAUUAACUACUGAGUGAGGGACCCAGCUUUGUAUUAUAGCGCCAUUCACGCACUGAAGCCCAAAAGCCCUUUAAAGUAUUUUAAGAUCUGUAUUUAUGGAUACAGUGCAGUGCAGAUUUUUUUUCUAUUAAAUUGUAAAUAGCAAAGGUUUCUUCUCCUGUGGUAUAGAGACAAAAGUGAGGCACAUGUUCAACUCUCACAAGCAACUGAAACAGAAAUUGGUAGCAGUACGAAACGCAAGAGACAUUUGUAGAAACAGCGCGCAGCUGUUGAACAAGACGGUUACAGAUUGUAAUCAGCGAUGCAGCACCAUGCCAGACGUCCUUAAAAGUGGCUUUUACCUUUUAACAGAUGGUUUAUACUUCAAAGAUGAUUAUCACUAUAUUUGAAAUUAAAGCACCGUCCUCGACAGCAGUAUCAUGCUUUAGGAGGGGAGCCUUGCAUGGGUUAUUUGUCCUGAGGAGAUGAAUUCCAAGCAUUUUGAUAUGAGAAGGCAUGCCAAAUAAAGACUGGUCAAAACAUAUACAUAGAACUUUGCACGCUACAUGGAAACCAUAAUAGCUAUGCUGAGACCUGAAGCAUAAAUGCCUGCUUCCCACAGCUUUCGGUGUGUGCGUUCUCCACACACACACACACACACACACUCCUCGGCCCAAACUCACUGAGGUUCUCUACUAUUGAGUAGAUUCAAAACAGGCAUGACAGGAAUACCAAAUGCACAGCGAGUGCAUUUUUGUUUGUUUAUAGAUUGUACAUAGGCCUAAAAAUUUCUCCCAAGACGGAGGAGCAUGAUGCAGCAGCCAGUCGGUUUUCAGAUGUCACAGUCAGUCCAUAUUUUCAAAUCCAAAACUCUGCACUGUUUAGUCGUCAGUGGAUCAUGUACAAAAUUCUGUUUUGUAGAAAAAAAAUAAAAGAUAAAUUAUUUUUAAAUAUAUUAUGAGCAUGUGUUUAGUGUAAAUAACGUCAAAGUCUAAAUUGAUUUUAUAUCCUGUAUUUUUUACUCUGUUUUUUUCUUUUGGGUGUUUGUUCCUUUUUUGGGGUGGAGGCUUCGAGAAGCAGUGUAUACUUUAAGCAUAUUUCAUUUCAUAUCUCACAGUUCGCUGUUAUCUAAGCACUAACAAAUCCUAACAAAUUUAGAAUCAACUCACCUUUAGCUGUCUUUUACUCGUGCACGAUCAUGACACAUUUUUGCGAGUAUUCAAACAAAAUCACAGUCAUCAACCAUAUUUUUUUUAUAGGAUUUGAUCUGUUUGUAUAAUCGACUCUUUCUGUGAAAAGACUUUGUAAUGUUGGUUAUCACCAUAUGAUGCGGUAUAAACUCAUGAUUGCAUCAGCGUGGUCUAGUUUAUACUCUUUGGAUCACUUUACAUGUACAUGUACUUUUUGUUAGGAUUUGUGCUGUGCUUGUAAAACAAAGACAAAACACAUCAACCAUGUAUUGCCCUUUGUGAUGAUACUACACCAACAAAGCUUUGUCCAUGUUCACUUAUUCAUGUCUUAUGGGAACCCUAAAUUAUUUUCCUCUACCUCAUGUGUAUAGCUUGUAGGUAUAAACAGAUCACAAAUGACUGGUAAGAAUGUAUUUAAGUUAUUUAACAUCUUUGUAUAACAAAGGCGAAAAAAAUCUGAAAUAAUAAAUGAAUUUUUAAAUUA